AUGGGUACGAUUGAACCUAGAGCAGAGAGACGCACACGGUACUCGUUGGCCAUUUAUGUCGUCGCAGUGCUAGCCGUACUAGGAUUACCUCUUUGGUUGUUCACUACUUCGAUCAUCAGAGCAGAACUUCCCAUAAAAGACAUUGAACGUCUAAAUGAGCAGUUGAACGAUGAAAUAACCUUCAAGAUCCCCAUCUACAUGGAUUUGCCCAACAGCCAACGAGUUUUCGUUGAUGCGUGCCAAAACUUGCUUACAAAGGAGUUGGAACAAAGGUACCCUGGAAUCACCAACAUUUGGAGAUUGGAUCUUCAUAGGAUACUGGACCGCAAUGUUAGUGUUGUUGAUGAUUAUGUGUUGAGAAUCAAAAAUGAUGAUGAAGAUGCUCAGUUGGAGCUGUAUUACAUUUCACCCUACUCCAAAGAGAUUACUCUAACGGUAACCAAGAAUGCCAUUUCCACUAACAAUGUGGCUCAUUUCGUGGUCGAGACGUUGCUUGAUAAGGUGUUUAAACUAGAACUCGAAGCCUUCUAUCAAAUACAUCGGUUUGGAAAGAAGAAUCCAAUUCAUGAAAACCAUGUGGUCCUUCUUUAUUCUCCCCAUUACAACUUGGUUUUUUCCUUGUUUACUCAAGAUGGAACACCCAUAUCUUGGGGUAUUGAAUCACUGAUUAAAACCCUCUAUCCGCUAUUACAGAAGCUUCAACAUUUUGCUAACUUUACUAUAAGUACGCAAAUCCAGUAUUAUUCCGAACCUUCUAACCCCAUGAGGUACGAUAAUUCUUCUGAUGCGUUUGUGAUUAAAGAAAGUGAACUUUCAACAUUUAUUAACCACGGAGAUUGGAACUUGUUUGGUCACGACAUUAAUCCGACAGUCAACUUUCUUGUUUAUUUCCCCAAAUCGAAUUAUGAUAAUAAAAAAACCUUAAUUGAAAGAUCGACUACCAAUUCGUUUUUGAUUAACCAAUGGGGUGGUGUCUAUGUUUUUAAUAAGGACAUGCCAAUUAUUAAGAAUGUCCCAGCUAAAAUCACUGAAGAUGAAUUACUUCCAAUUAUGGAGAUUUUUUCAUCUCAAUUGUUUGAACUACUUGGAGUGCCCCAUGAACCUAUUUCUCCUUCCAUUAGAAUCGAUUCCUUAACUCGUCUUGCAACUUAUGAAAACCUUCGUCAACUGAUUGACAAUCUACAAUCAUUAAUUAAAGUUAGUGAAGCUUUGGCAGACAUUCUGAUCCCAGAUGAAACUCAAUUCCAUGCAGUGGAAACCAUCACCAACAUAAAGGAAGCAUUGCAAAUCUUACAACAGAAUAUCACCAGUUGUAAGCAAUUUGAAGGCAUAACUGUUCUUUCGGCUCAAGCAGUGACGGCUUCCAAUAAAGCCUUUUUUGAUAAAGAAAUGGUUCAACAGGCAUAUUUUCCUAGUGAACACAAAUUAGCGGUUUUCUUACCGUUACUUGGACCUGUUGGUUCUAUAGUGACGUUUGGAUUAAUUGCUACGCUUAAACUGAUGAAGAGAGAUCGUGAUGAUGAGAAACGCAAGAGAGCCGAGGAAAAGGCUAAGAAAUCGGAAUAA